AUGCCUACCGAAGAAGCCACAUUCAACGAAGGUCAGCACUUACCGGUUGGGAGCUAUCAAACUCUUCGGAAACUUUCAACUGCAGCAGUGAAGUUCUCUCCAUCGGUUCAAAUCAUUGAAAAUGAAGAUGACAUAUACAAGCUAGAUGAGGUCGAUUUAAACCCAUCCUUCGAAACCUUGAAGAAGCGCAGGCUGACUGCCUUCCAGUCACAACUUGAGGAUUUCAAAAAAGUGGAGAUUGCCAAAUCAUCUGUGCGGAGAACCCUUGGUCGCCUAUCAAGUCUUCUUUGCGGUCUCUCGAUCUUGAUUACUUUAUUUACUAUUUUUGAUGUAGAAAUGAGCUACAAGUGCGGCAUGUCAUUCAGAACAGGAGAAAUGCUCAAUACGACAUGUUCUGCAAUCCUGGCGAUUAGAUCCCCCAUCUUCUUCAAAUCUCUCAUUUCACUGUGUUCGAUCGGGAUGUGCGUUGGUCUUUACGUUCACUAUCACUUCCAGUGUCAGUAUCUCAUCGUAGUGCAUCAGCUCCCUGUGAACUCGACAGUUCUGAGUUCUCCUCUCCGCAACAGUUUCCUGGCUGAACUGUUCCUCUGCUUCCUGCAUAUUCCACCAUUGCUUGAUAGGUUCCUUCCAACUGAGCUACAACUGAUAUCUGUUCUGCGUCUCUAUCUUACCGGGCGGUAUAUGAAAGAACAUAAUGCCACCAUGAGGAGUAGAUCGACCCGAUUCCUGGCAUCAGUGCUAAAGAUAGAACUGACAUCCAGCUAUCUUGUCAAGACAUUCUUCUUAAGACAUCCUUUGGUCAUGAUCGUCCUCUGCUAUCUGCUCAAUAUGUUUGGUUCUGGUUACCUAGUAUUUGCAAUGGAUCGGUACAACAAUCCACUUCAUCACAACACAUUCGAGGACACAUUAUGGAUGCAAGCAGUUACCAUGACAACACUUGGCUUUGGUGAUGUGACUCCCGACUCUUUGUUAGGUAGAGCCGUAGUGGCCUUUUCAGCAGUCUGUGGUAUAUUCCUUAUGGCCCUCCUUAUCAGCGUCAUCCACGACGGAUUGCAUCUUACUCAACAAGAAAAACGGAUAAUGGCGUACGUGGAGAGAAUAGACCACAGCAAACGAUAUAAAGAAAUGGCUGCUCGAUGUAUCCAGGCGACCUGGCGUUUGUAUCGUUGGCAUAGAUACGACGACAAAGCUACCCUUACCAAGUUUCAGUUUUGCCUUUCAAAGCUAGGUCUCGUUCAUCCUAAAACACACCUCACCAACCAACUCUACGCGGCUCUGUUCCACUGGCGAGAGAUCAAAAAAAGCAAGACACCGGAUGAAACGUGGGUGAAGGAUUUUGUAGCCGACAAUACCGCUCUCAUGUUGACCGAUGUACUCAGGAAAAUGGAUAAUAUUGAGGACAUGUUGAUGGAUCCUUCAUCGGAGGAGAAGCCGAACGAAGAUUAUCAGGAUGAUGACGAUGAUGAUGAUGAUGGUGGUGGUGGGAACACCUUACAGGUAUUCACCAAUGAUGAUGAUGACGAACCAGUUAAAAAGACUGGAUCUGAAAUAUAUGACGACACAGUAGACGUCCCGUCUUCUCGUAAGAUAAUAACUGCAUGGGCAGAACCAUCACCUUGUCCGCACCUACCCUACUCCCUCCCACACCCUGUCAUCACUGUCCAAGGACCGGACGAACCAUCUGAAACUGCACAUCCUAGAGCAAUGACCGGUUCAAAGACCACAUCCUCAGCGGUUCUUCGCCGCAUCACAGAAGCAGAACUGAAAGUAGACAAAAUGUAUCGGGAUAUGCGGAAAGAACUCUCAGAUAUAAAGACACUCCUUUAAAGAGCAGACGUUGUUCGCGUUGAUGAUGAUAACGGUUGAUACGAUUGACUUGUCGUCCGAUUGCCACCUAUUGUUGGCGAAUUAUGUCUGAAAAUGGUUUUAAAUUUUAUUCAGCUAAUGCAAGCUAGUAGGCCUGUUGGAUCUAAGUGUCCGAUAACACUGUCGUCUAAAACUCGCAUCCUGGGGAGCGUUUCAUCAACAUUUUCGUCCGACAAGUUGUCAGAUCUGACAUCUUUCCUGGAAUCUGAUUGGCUAAGAAGCACUGUUACUAUGGUAACUGUCGGAUAAAAAUGGGACUUGUCGGAUAAAACAUCCGAAAAGUCCUUUCAUGACACGCUCUCCUGUAAUCAAAUGCAGUAGGCCCUACCUCUACCAUCAGGAAUUGCAUAUGUUGUACUAAUAAACUGCGAGGAAUAAAAAUUGUUCCGUCGACAGUUGUUUCAACCACAAUAGGAGAUUUCGUUCCGCACGACGGGUGCUUUUACGAUGAUGAAACUGACGAUUGGGGACGAAGUAUCUGUGCUUGCGUCAAUCCUAAAGUUUCGGCCGUCCUCGGCGUCGUGCUGAAAAUGACAACAUGGCAUAGAGAUUUGUUACAAGAUACCUUUUUCCAAUACGUCAACGCGAGUACGUCAUUUCCUAACAAUCGAAAUUAUUAAUUAGCUGGACGGAACACUAUAACACCCAACUGGUCAGCCGUCGUCGUCGUCGCAGUAUCCGUCGUCCAAUAUGAAAACUCUUGAUUAUACCGUUGCUCCGACGAAAUAUAUCUUUAAUCUUGACGUUUUCGUUAUAGAGUGUUGGUUAACACGGGGGGGGGGGGGGAAAUGAUAAUUGCCGUGUUUUCAGGUGUAAGUAUCUUAUACCUGAAGUUCGUCUUGGCAUUUAGGGUGUAAUCAAUAUAAUGUCGAGAUAUAAUACAUAAUCAGCAUCGCAUCGGGACCAGGAACUGUAACAUGAUAUCAUUAGAUCAGGAUAUUUUUUAGCAACACAACCGUCUACCGAACGGGGGCGAUUGGAUUACCUUCGAACUCGGCCAAUUCAUCAGCAUACUAGUUUGUGACGUCAGCACAAUUUUCAUGCUCAAGUCGCAAUUCAAUAAUAUGCCCCAUCUAUUCAUUACCGCGUCUGUAUUUUAUUAAGACAAAAGGUUAAUUAACAUAUUUCUUAUUUGUUCAUUAUUUGCAAGGUUUUAAAAAUCAGGGAAACGACUCCAUGUGAUCAAAAUAUAAUCAAAUUUUCUUUAUUGAAAUAGAAUGAACUACUUCUAUUGAAAUCUCAGUUCUGUACUUCAAAGAUUGCAAGCCUGUCUAAAUGGUAUUGCAGAUUUGAUAUUCAUUGACUUGUUAAAGCCAAAUCAGAUGCAGGGACUAAGUUUAUAGGAGGUGAAUAUCAUCGAUUGUGCUUAUGCAACGCUCGAAAGUUGUACUUUAUAAAAUGAAUUCAAGUUUCAAACAAUAAUAUUAUCAAUAAAAAAAAUGUACUGUCCAUUCUUUGUGUUACAUUUCGGUUAUUGUUAUAUUUUUUUCAAAUUACCUUACAAUGAUAUGAAAUCUUGUUAUCCAUAGAAUGAACCCAAAAAAUGUUAAUGUAUUUCAUCAAUAAUGUAUUAAAAUUGUAGGUUUUUGCACUGUAAAACAAAAAAUGAAGAAUCAAUUGUAUCAGUAUAUAAAUUAACCGAGAUGGAAGUCGGAACUAGUCAAUACAAACAAGAAGGCAAAAAGAAAUAUAGGGAAUGGGGGUCUGGUGGUAAAUAUGACACGACAGAGAGCUUCGGUCUGCGUUCGUUAUCUUUUAUUUGCGACUUUAGUUCCAGAUAUUAAUCUGUCAUUUGUAUUCAUAACCAAAUGCUUAUAACACAUCUUUGUGGUCGACCACAGCGAAUUGUCGAACCGCCAUGAUUCCCAUUCUAUUUUGGCGAAUUUGUAGAAGAGCUAUUUUGGGGUCACAUGAUAUGACUCUUCCCUCAUUUCGAUAAUCAAAAGCCCUCUUUCUCUCUCUCUCUCAAGGUUCUGUAAUGAUGUUUGGCAUUCUUAUUAUCAUUGCUAACGGGCAUGGUUGCUCAGUGGUAGAUCGUCCGGCUGCCUCAUGAACGGUAGGUUGUGGGUUCGAUCCCUGGCCAAGUCAUACCAAAGACUAAAUGAGACCUUCUUGCUAGGCGCUCAGCAUUUAGAUUGGAGAAGGGUGAUAAUUACAUCUUAAGCCCGCUGGUAAAGCAGUUUUCUAACUGAAGUGGCUACCCUGGGUAAAUAAAACGUUAUCAUUAAUAUUAUUAUUUGAGACCUUUCUCCGUAAUUCAAAAUAUGCGACAGUGCUAAACAUCUCUUCAUCCACCCACUCUCCCUUCCCUUCUCUCUCUUUCUCCCCUUGUUUACCCGUCUUUUUGAAGAAUAACACCAUUUUGGGUAAAAUAGUUGCAUUUGUUCAUUUAUUAAGUCUUUUUAAAUACAAAAGACAACUUCAUCCUCGAUCAUAAAUACCAUGGUAGGAAGGACCUGUUGACCACAUGAUACAUAAAAAAAAAAAAAUUGAAACAAAAUAUACAAAGGUAGGCCCUUAAUCAUUGUCCGGGUUCUAAGAAAAUCAUAAACAUUAAUAUUUUUGAAGAAAUAAGACCUGUCCUGAAAAUACGUACAACGCAGAUCAUAUUGUUACCUAAUCAUCAUAACAUUUGUUGGAGCAAUAAAUCACCUUCUUUCGGUUCGAGA